UUCCCGGAAUGAGUAUAGUCAGUCGCCAAUGCGAGGGUUGAGUAGUGCGAGAGCUGCACUCUCGUCCGUGCCGCCGAACACAAAGUUCUCAAACAAACUGGUUCGAGAAACGAGAUGGCACCUGUCGUGGCACUGUUCUUCAUCUGGGCUCAGUUGGACACUAUUGCCGGGACAUCGCUUAAAUUGACCCAGACGCAAACUCAAGCCUUCUUGGGACAGUCGUUGCAAUUUAAGUGCGACGUCACGACGACCAGCAAAACGGGAGCCUUGCUGUUCGAAAGGAACACGUACGUGAAAUGUUCGGUAAAGAGAGAUGACUGUACCCAAUACACGUCAGACUCGUUGUCCCAGACACAGUACACCUGCGGGUGUGGUCAACAGGGUGACGGCAACUACGUCUACUUCCUCAACGCCUCCUCCUUACAUGCUGACGUUGUUGGGGACUGGAGAUGCGAAUAUCAAAUGUUCAGCAACACCAUCCGUGUCAACCUGACGGACUCGGAGGGUCCAACAGAGAUGUCAUUGGACAAGACAGAAGUGUCGACCAAGGAGGGAGACAGUGUCAACCUGACCUGCUCGGCCAACUGUCUCCCAGACUGUCGGUACAGCUGGACCAAGGGUGGACAGGACCUGACCAGUCAGACCAGGGAGAUUCGGGGUCAAGUCCUGGCUCUGAACAGGGUGGUGGGCGACGACAGCGGCAACUACACCUGCACAGCCGUCAACCCUUCUUCAAACAAAGCCAGCAACGUCUCCAUGAACCUUCACGUUCUGACCGCUCCGAAAAAGAAAGAGGGGGCAUCCUUCACCCCGACCUUGAGAACCUCGAAAGGUGAAACGGCCAGAUUGGAGGUCACCUUCUCCGGCGACCCGCCACCAGAGGUCAGCUUGUGCAAGAUUGAAGAGGGAAGUCUGACCCCUGUGAACAAUGUGGUCGAGGAAACAGUGUUUCAAGCUACCCCAGGGAGAGUGGGAGGCAGUGUGACUGCUGUGUUUGACGUGAAGGUGGAGACGGACGGCGACCUGGGCAUGUACUAUGUCUCAGCCGUGAACAUCGUGGAUAGGACCGUCGUCUACUUUGAACUGCGGGGUGAAGGUGAUCAGACUCUGGGUGCCCUUUGCAGCGAAACAGACAAUGAUGGAGGAAUGCGCAUGUUCGGAUUUGGAGCCUGUGUCGGUGCAUGCGUCAUGCUCGCUGUCGGAAUCAUAAUUGCUGUUGUAGUCUUCAGAAAGUACCACAAGAUGAAAAGAGAUUUGGAAUUCCCAUAUGCUUCGACUAUCAGUCCCCUCAGUGGUAUGGAUCCGAGCCACUACCAGGAACUCCCCUCCCCCAAGGAUUGGAAGAAACAGCUGCAAGAUGGAGGGUACAUUCUGCCGGAAGGGGAUCGUCCUGAGGUGUACUCUAUUAAGACUCAUGAAAAACCGGUUGAGGACAAGGCCAUCGCAACCAAGGCGGCAACUAAUCCAAUCUACGACCACAUCAGCCUCUACGGCGACAGCACCUUCCCAAGACAGAACAGCAACUGCAGCACCAGUAGCAGCUAAACAACUUGGCCGACAUGGACGAUGUUGAAGGAGACACUGGCCAGUGUCCAUUCAAUUCAAGCAAGAGACGCCAGUCUGUUUGAGAGAAUAGUUACGAAGCAUAA